CCCGGUAACACUCGUAAUUUGUCCUAAAACACAAGAUGGAGUUCCUAAGUUCCCUCCUCCUCCUUGGGUUGACAUUCAUUCUCACACAAGCUCUGUAUUCAAGAAUCACAAAAACAAACUACAAGCUCCCACCAGGACCUUACCCUCUCCCCAUUAUUGGAAACCUCCUUGCACUUGGUAACAAUCCUCACCGAUCCUUAACCAAACUCGCCAAGCUUCAUGGCCCCAUCAUGACCCUAAAACUUGGUCAAGUAACCACCAUAGUUGUCUCUUCACCUGAAAUGGCCAAAGAGGUUCUCCUCACCCACGAUAACACCUUGUCGAACCGAUCUGUUCCCCAAGCGAUUCAAGUUCAUGAAACCGACAAUCACAGCAUGGCCUUCAUGCCUGUCUCGCCUCUCUGGCGAGACUUGAGGAAAAUAAGCAACGCUCAUUCAUUCUCGCCCAAGAGUCUUGACGCGAGUCAACACCUCAGGCGUGAGAAGAUGCAAGAGCUUCUCCACGAUAUCCACCGCUACAACGUUGCUGGCGAAGCAAUGGAUAUUGGAAAAGAAGCUUUUAAGACGGGUGUGAAUAUGAUGUCAAACACUGUUUUCUCUGUGGAUUUGAUCUCUUCUUCUGAUUCAGCCGGAGAUUUCAAGGAUUUGGUGAUGAGUAUCAUGGAAGUUACUGGGACGCCAAAUUUGGCUGAUUUCUUUCCUGUACUCAGGAUGCUUGACCUGCAGGGACUCAAGAGUCGAAACUUUCUUUCUGUUGGGAAGGUCUUAGACAUCUUACGUGGUUUGAUUGAUCAAAGGGUGAAGGUUCGGGAACUCAAAGGUGUUGACACCCACAUGGACAUGCUGAAUUCCUUGCUUAACAUUGCUGAUCAAGGGAAUAGCGUGAUGAACAAAUUUGAAAUUGAACUUUUAUCUCUGACUUUAUUUGUUGCUGGGACGGACACAGUUACAUCUUCGCUUGAAUGGGCAAUGACCGAACUACUCCUAAAUGAAAAUGCAAUGUCAAAAACAAAACAAGAGCUUGAGCAAAUCAUUGGUAAAGGUAAACUUGUUGAGGAAUCAGAUAUUGCUAGGCUUCCUUACUUGCAAGCAGUGAUAAAGGAGAGUUUGCGUUUGCACCCUCAAGCCCCUCUUUUAAUCCCUAGGAAGGCCAAUGCAAAUGUGGAAAUUGGUGGCUACACAAUCCCCAAAGAUGCACAAAUCUUCGUUAACCAGUGGGCUAUUGGCAGAAACUCAAGUGUUUGGGAAAAUGCAAAUUUAUUUUUACCAGAAAGGUUCUUAGGCUCUGAUAUUGAUGUUAAAGGUCACAAUUUUAAGUUUAUACCAUUUGGCUCUGGGCGUCGAAUUUGUCUUGGCCUACCACUAGCAAUGAGGACCUUGUAUUUGAUGUUGGGUUCACUAAUCAAUUGUUUCAACUGGAGCCUUGAAGAUGGAACAACCGUAGAUAAUAUGAACAUGGAUGAGAAAUUUGGGCUAACCUUAGUAAAGGCUCAACCACUCAGAGUCAUUCCACAGGAAAUAAGCAAUUAAAAAGGCCAAAAUACAUUUCACGUUGUGGAAUAAAAUAGCAGCUGAAGUGUGCACUUGUCAGUCACUUAGGUUGUAUACAUGUAUAAUAAAUUAUAAAGAGUCGCAUUGUAUGACUUUUUUUUUUAAUCCGCAUUGUAUUACUACUAGUGAAGAAAAUAAAUAGAUGCCAUUCUUACCUUCAAA